AUGGUUCAUACACGGUUUUCGUCUGCAUCUCCUGCAUCUCAAACAAAUAUUCCAACUUCUAAAUCAAAUAUGAAAUCUGCAGUUGCUUCUGUUAGUGAAGCAAGAGUGAAGAAAAGGCUCUAUAAUUGCAAACAUGAAGCUAGGAAAGCAAAAAGAACUAAAAAAAUCCAAUUAAUUAUUGAAGAACCUUGUGAAUCUGCUCCUAAGGGUAUGAAUUUCCUAAUUCAUCCAGAUAAUCAUUGUUCUUCAAAAAUUGCUUCUACAAUCAAACAUUCUCAGAUUCAAGCUAUCCACGAAAAGCUUUCAACGAAGCAAGUUAGUGACUUUGGUGAUUCAUGUUUUGGCCAUUUCCUAACUCUGCCAGAGUUCACAAUGCAACAUCAACGUAUCCACAAUCUAUUGCUAAGAGAGUUGCAACAACCCAACAAACUAGAGAUUUGGGUUGGUGUAAAUGGAAUGAAGCUUCGUUUUGGGAUGAGGGAGUUUGCAUUGGUCACUGGUUUACAGUGUUUGGGAUCCAUUGAUAAAAUGAAAUAUGUUUCAAAGGAUGAUGGUCUUUAUUCUACAUAUUUUAAGGACCAUUCGAAGAUCAAUAAGAAAGUUCUUAAAGAAUUCUUUGAUGGGAAAAACUGGAAAAAUGAUGAGGAUGUUUUGAAGAUUUCAUUGAUGCAUUUUUUGCACAAUUUCUUGCUUAGUUCUUUUGAUACUAAUAUUGUCCCCAAAGAAGACUUUAAUAUUAUAGAUAGUGGUGAGUUUUCUAAAUUUCCUUGGGGUAAAGAAGUUUUCAAGGCCACCGUUGAAUCUUUAAAGAAAAGGAUUGUUGGAAAGAAUAGAUCUAUCCCACGCAUUGUCAAAUGGUCAAGCAACAUUCAACCUUCAUUUUCAGAGGUGACCGAGUUGCUAUCUUUGAAUGUUGCAGAGUUGAAAUUGAGGAAUAUAUAUCCUACUUCCAAGGAGAGAAAAAAUUCAGAAAUAAAGACUUUGUUUCCAAAAGAAAAGGAAGCUAUUGAGGUUGACAUUGGUGUUCCUGAUAAUGCUAGAGUUGCUCAUGGACGUAGAUCAACUAAUUCUAGAGUUAUUGCAUUAGGAGAUGAUGACUUUGUGGAGACUCCACCUCGGUUUGUUGCUAGUGGUUCUUCACCUUCUUUGCCUGCUAUUCAUUCUCACUCUGAUGUUGGUGGUUGUUCAUCUCCUACGUCUGAGAUGCCUCAUGUUUCGCUAAGUAGCAUGCAUGCACUGUUGCGAGCUUUAGAAGCAUGCACUGUUGCGAGCUUUAGAAGCAUGCAACAAGAGAUUAGAAUAAAGCAACACAAGAUUAGAAGCAAGCAACAAGAAAUUAGAAGAGAGCCACAAGAUUGGAAACAGGAUUCUCAUGAUAUUGAGGAGGACAAUACCAACAUUAUUGAUGAGGAAAUAGUUGAAAAUAAUUCGAAAGAAGAAGGUGAAAAAGAGGAGGAUGAGUCUGAAGAAGAAGAGGUGCAUCAAUUUGAAGAUAACGAUGAAAGUGAUGAUGAUGAAGACAAUGCAAAGUGUGUUGGAGAAGACAAUGAUGAUGAAGAAAAAGAGAAAGAUGAUAAUCAUGAAAAAUACAAUGGAGGAAACAAGGAUGAGGAUUCUAAGGUUGAUGAUUCUCAUGGUACUUGUCAAGUUCCAUCUCAAGUUGCCCAGGUUGAUGAAGUUGCUAGUCAUGUUGCUGGUGAGGUUGUUGAAGGUGCUACCCCACUUGCUGACAUUUUUGAAGUUGAUUUUCAAGUUGCUAAAGUUGCUGGAGUUGCAACUGAGGUUGCUGGUGAGGCUGCAGAGGCAGUUGCUGAAUAUCCAAAAGUCUCUUUUUUGGAUUCUUUAUCAGACACUGAAUUGGAUAAGGCUAUACAAAAUGCUUAUAAAGCUAUAGAUGCGAUGAAGGAAACUGGGGUAACUCCUAUUCCUUGCACAACUAUUAUCCCUUAUGUUGGUAGUAGUGAGAGUAACUUGGGAUAUGUUACUCCUGCUCUACCAAAAAGGACAAUUAAGCUUCCACCAUGCUUGCAGUCACCUUUUUUGCAAACUUUUUGUUCUUCUUCUGGGGAAAGUAGUGUGAUUCAAUCAACAGGAUUAAUCAAGGUUGUUAAAGGACUUUGCCCAUUAGAUGACAAAAUUGGUGAAUUGACUGACUUUGUCAUUGUUCAAGAAUUCUAUCAUGUUGAUGUAGUCUUUUAUUAUUUGAGGAAGAAAGGUAUGUAUCGUGACUCUACUGUUUUGAAGUUCACUACAACUGAUACUACCUUUCAAAAGAGGAUUGAAGUUAUUUAUGAUUCUUUUUUAAAGAAGAAUCGCGAUCAUGAAGUAAUGAAUUGUAACCAUGUUGUUGCUGAGGUUAUGAUGGGCUUUGGAUUGAGUCGCAACAAAUCUUGGCUACAAGUAGAUCAUGAUCUUUUUCCUAUUUUGGUUAAGAAUGAAAAUCAUUGGCUCCUUGCUAUAUUGUCUUUCAAAGAUAGGUUGAUUCAUGUUUACAAUACUUUUAGCUGUGAUCGUAAGGAUCAUGUUGCCUUGCUCACUAUAGAACCAUUUUGUGUGUUGCUGCCAACUUAUUUGUCUAUCAUUGGAUUUUAUGAGCGAACUGAUAUAGACUUCUCUUCAAAGCCUUAUGUUGGGAGACCUCAAGCUGGUUCUUUUGAAGUAGUUAUGGAUGAUGACAUUCCUUCUGGGUCGCCUAUAGACAGUGCAAUAUAUAUGUUCUCUUUUGCUGAGUAUUUCAUUGGCGGAAAAGAGAUUCCAAGAUGUGAUUUUGAUGUUGAAUGUCAUAGGUCUAGGCUUGCUUAUUUACUAUACUCAUAUGCAAUGGGAAAGCAAGAAUGUGGAUAUGAGAGUGCACGAGAGUAUGCUUGUCGUGAUUAG